AUGCAGGCCCUACGAGGGAAUGUGGAUUGCGUCCGUUCGUUGCAGAGCCGUCUCUCCUCUAGUUUCCGAUCUCACUAUUCCACGCUGUCAACAAGCUAUAAGUUCACCGUCAAGCCGCACAUCACGCUUACGACGCGGAGCUUCAGUCACAUCCAGAAUCGAUAUCUUGGCCUGGGGGACGCAUGUAAACGGCUGAUACAACCUGGUGUGAACUCUCAUGUCCUGUCGAGACUGUUGCCAUCGAAUAGACCUCAUAAUUCGUCAGCUGCGAUCGGGGAGCAGAAGCAUUUGUCAACAUCAGCUGUGCCAGAGCAUCAGAAACUUGACGAUACCAACAUCGUUCAACUGGAAGGAGUCUGGUACAGCAAAGGCGAUCGCUCAGUAGGCUACUGGUUGAUUGUAGUUUCUGGCAUGGUCAUUGCCAUGGUCGUUCUUGGUGGAUUGACGCGUCUCACUGGUUCCGGUUUGUCCAUGGUCAAAUGGAAGCCACAUAGUGAGAUUCCGCCGAUGACAGAAGAAGAGUGGAUGGCAGAGUUUGAGGAAUUCAAGACAUACCCCGAGUGGAUAAUGAAACGUCAAUAUGAAAACUUUACUCUUCAAGAUUUCAAGUUCAUCUACUACAUGGAGUGGUCUCAUCGUAUGUUCGGACGUCUGAUCGGGGUUGUUUUCACCGUUCCUCUGGUUUACUUCGCUUCACGAGGAUACUUGAAAGGGCCCAUUCCGAAACAAGUCGGUUUCUUGUUUACUCUCGGAGGGUUGCAAGGACUUGUUGGAUGGUGGAUGGUCAAAAGCGGUCUGCAGAAAGAAAAGAUGCAAUUGGAAUCUGCAGAAGAUUGGCAGUUCAACACUCAAUUUGCAGCUGUCAGCCCAUACAGGUUGACCGCUCACCUUUCCUCGGCGAUUACAAUCUACAUGCUUCUCUUUUGGUUUGGACUUGGUCUCAUCGACAAGCGUCGAAUUGCAACUGCUUGCGACCAGACGGCAAAGAAGAUGUGGUGGUUCAGGCAGGUCGCCCAUGGAGCUGCAGCGUUUGCAGGGUUGACGGCCUUCUCUGGAGGAUUUGUGGCAGGAAAUCAUGCAGGCCUUGCCUACAAUGAUUGGCCGCUGAUGGGAGGAAGAUUCAUCCCAAAGGAUCUGUGGGAGGACCGAUUGGGAUGGAGGAACUUCACAGAGCACAUUCCUGCUGUUCAGUUCAACCAUCGCAUGCUGGCCUACUCCACACUGACGGGCGCUCUCGCCACAUUCUACAUGGCCAGCAGCAUCAAGCUCCCUAAGCGUGUCAACAACGCGAUGCGGCUGGUAGCAGGCGCUCUGCUCCUGCAAAUCAGCCUCGGCGUUGGAACUUUGUGGGGAGGAGUUCCAGUAGAGCUUGCAGCAUCGCAUCAAGCUGGAUCUCUUGUGGUUCUUUCCUCCUUCCUUUGGCUGCUCCACACCCUCCGAUACGCUCAUCCCACCUUCAGGCUCGCAAACGUCGUUUCAUCUGCCAUUCGAUGA